UAUUUUCACUAUCGUCAAUAAACGUCAAAUAGCGUUUUACAAACCAAAGUGAACAAAGAAGUUUUAUAAUAUGGUUAAAAUAAGUGUAGAAAUGGUGCGUAAGAAGGCGGAACAUCAUGACCGACUGUUGGCUCCUCUAGAAGAGAUAUCACUGCAUCAAGAAAACAUUGAGAAGAUUGAGUAUAUUCAAGAUUGGUGUCCGAAACUGAAAAUACUUCUCUUGCAAAGCAAUUUAAUAGCAAAGAUAGAAAACCUGAACAAACUCAAACACCUACAAUAUCUUAAUUUAGCGCUAAAUAAUAUCGAAGUUAUCGAAAACUUGGAUAGAUGUGAGUCUUUAACUAAAUUAGACUUAACUCUUAACUUUAUUGGAAAAAUUGUAAGCAUCGAAUCAUUAGUUGGGAACUACAACCUUCAGAAUUUAUACUUGACUGGAAAUCCUUGUACUGACUUCGACAAUUAUCGUGACUUUGUAAUUGGAACUUUACCACAGCUUUCUACUCUCGACGGAGUUGAAAUCGAUCGAUCGAACCGCAUCAUGGCGCUACAAAAUCUUCCACUUAUAAGAUCUGAUAUUUUAUUCGAACAACAAAAUUAUCUAUGCCAACGUCAAAAGCAAAAAGUAAGACUAGAAAAUGAUAUCACAAAUAAAUGGGAAAACGAAUACAAGGAUAUGGAUCCUGAAGAAAGGAAUAAAAAAUUUUGGGCCGAAAAAUGUGAGCACGCACCCGAAGUACGCUAUGAGAUAGAGCAUAUGCGACAAUUAAAACUAAAGAGUGAGGAACCAGAAAAGAAGGAAGAAAAAAAGCCUAUCAAGUUAUUUGCACCCGAUGGCCGACCCUUUAACAUAAAUCAAGCGAAAAUAAAAUUCUUGUUCAGUGACGCUGAGUCUGAUAAAUUCAUAUUAGAUUUGGCCGUGUACAAACACUUAGAUAGUAGCCUCCUUAAUAUAGAUGUCCAAACGAAUUACGUACGGGUUACUCUCAAAGGGAAAAUAUUUCAGCUCCAUCUACCGGAGGAAAUAGAGACUACCAACUCCGUAGCUGAGCGUUCACAAACAACUGGCCACUUAGUUGUGACGAUGCCCAAAGUUAAUGGUAUCGUCAAAACAAAGAUGGCGUUGAAAUUGAAUUCACAAAAUGAAAUAUAUCGAGAACGGGAAGAAAAUCUAACAGCUGCUACAGGACAAAGUAAAAGGGAAUUUCUGGAGAUUGGACCAGCUGAUGAACUUCUUGACUUUACUAAAAUUACGAGAAAGUCAAAUCCAACCUAUGUAGAUUCAAGAUUUAAGGUACACGAAAAGAAACCUUCGCAGAACUUUGUUGACGAUCCUGACGUCCCACCACUUAUUUAAUAAAAUAAUACUAAUUCAAAUAAAUACGUAUUUAAAAAAGGAUUGGUAAUUAACUGAAACAACCACUAGUUAAACAUAACAUAUAA